AUGCAAUCUGUCACUAAGAUCGAGAAUCUGCGCGAGUCGUUUGCCGAGGAGGCGCUAAGAAGUGCCGUCGGCGCACCAGUGAGUCUUUCCUUUCCAGUCAACCGUAUAACUGUUCACUUUCAGAUUCUUCCCGCUGUCUACCGGAGCAUGAUGGCAAAUGAGGAGUUUGUCUGCAAGACAGACUUGUUUGCAUUCAUCAAGAAGUGGGUGUUCACCAACCACAAUGAAGUGGUAAGUAGAAGACUUUUGUGAACGUCAAAUUCUAAAAUAAUUUUGAUUUCAGAACGUUGCGUACGCGAAAUGCGCAGUCAUGCUCUUCGAACGUCUGAAAGAGAAGGAGCUGUCAUCGUAUGCCGAGUUUGUUCCGAUCAACGACAAACGCGUUGUGAGCCUGGGACAGGAUUUGGCAAGAUCUACAAGACAGUCAAGAACGUGAACAGCCGAUCGAAGGACGAAAGAGUCUACCACGUCGACGGACUCGGCGCCGUUCUCGACCAUUUCGCGACGUUGUUCCCAGGAUGUGAGCCCGAAGAGUUCCAAAUGGUGUCGGGAGUUCUCUCGUACUGCUACCAGACGGAAGGCUCAUUUGACUCUCGGCAAUUUAUGGAGACCUAUUACUACCUGCACGAUCUGUUUGAGAGCAUUGAGAGACUCGUUCAGAUGCGGCGGGAGAUCUUUUGCCCAUUCGAACCAAAGGUAAUCAUAAAGUUAGACAACAGUAAUUAGAAGAAUACUUUCAGAAGAACAAUGAGCUCCCACUCACUCUUCGAGUCUUCGAGGACAAUAAAAGACACUUUUUAAUGGCUUCGGAGUUCGUGAGAGUUGUAUCAAUCAAGAGAGGAGAAGAGCCAACCGAAGAGAGAUCCCUGUCGAUUGUGGAAUUUGAUCAUUUGUUCUUAAAGCAUUUUCCAGAAGUGGAAGUGAGUUCCACGAUCAUUUUUCGCAAAUCGUAAUCCGCCUCGUUUCAGUUGAUCGUAACGCCAAUCAAGAGAGAGAAUAAUGCGGCCGUGACGACGUUGUCCUCUUUUGGAAUGCCGUGCAUCCUUGCCGCUGACGUUCUCAUUCAAAUUGUGAAAAGUCUGAUUUUCGGGCACAAGGUCUUCCAAAAGAUUCAGAAGAGUGAAUGGCCCGUUGUGGAGGAGCUGCUCAACACACUCGCUGAAACAUUUUUCCUGUGCAAUCACGUUAGUUGAUUUCCUUUCAUUAUCAAAACAAUGUUAACCUUUUCAGCCGGAUGCUUACUUCCUUGAACAGGAAGACUCCAGUACUGCAAAUGAAUUGGUGUACAAUUACUUAUACAAGUACAUCGAUCGUUCUGCGGAAGACUUCCGGAGCGUCGGAUCGAAUGGCUUCACGAUGCGCGAUCUCACCGACGAACUCAACCGGCUGGGACUAGUCAAUCUCUUUCCGGAGAUCACCGACUACGUCCGCUUCGCCUACACUCAGGCCAUGAAGAACAAGAAAAACAGGUUCCUGCUGAAGUUGGAUCUCGUCGACGCUGUCGAACACUGCCAACUCCUAUGCCUCUUCAAUCGGUUCCCAAACGUGAGUGAUAAGCUUCAAUUCUUUAAAACCCCCCAAUUUCCUUUCAGCUCGUCAAAUUUCUUCAUGUCCACAAAUCCUGCGAUUUCUUGGACGGCCUUCGCUGUCCCCACUGUGAUGAGAAGAAGCCGGUUCGGAAAGUGAAGGCUGCCAAACAAAGACUGCUAAAACGAAAAGAAGAAGAGCAUAACGUUUUGAAAACGAAAAGAACGAAGAAAGUGGAGCGGCCGGUGGAACAAUCGGAACAAGUUGAGAAGGAUCCGUCUCCAACGAGUCCUGAUCAGAAGCAGAAGACUCCGGAAUCAGUCGAAGCCGCCCCCGCACUCCCGCCUCCGAAGAGCCCUCAACAGCCCGAAUCGAAGGUGUGCGAGAAGUGCAAGAGAACAAGUGAUCGGUGUGAGAAAGUGAAGGAAAAGCUGAAGAAAUCGGAGAAGAACAACGAGGAAUUGAAGACGGCACUGCGGAAAACGGAGAGAGAACUACAGGAAAAGGAUCAGAAGCUGGAAGAGAUGGAGAAGAAGAUGCGGGAGAUGGAAGAGUGAGUUCGAGCAUACAUUCAGUCACUGAUUUGCUAUCUUUUUCAGGAAACUCGCCGCCCAGACUGAGAUGGUGCAGGAAGCGGAAAAGCUGAAAGGACCGAUGGAGAAGAUGAAAGUGACGAACGUUCAACAGCUGCAGAAGAAGAUGAAGAGGCAAGAGGAGAAAAUAAAAAUGUAAGGAAUGGUGUUUCGAUUCCAGAUGAUAAUUUCAAGUUUUCAGGCUGAACUUAGAGACUACGGCGUUCUCGAUUAAGUGUUUGAAGAAUCAACAGUUGAUCGAUCGGCUUCUGGCUGAAAGAGAUGCCACUUCUGAAUCCCCGAAGGGACCAGAGCUGACGGAAGAGAUGAAGGAGAUGCUGCACGAAUUGGAAGAGAAAAUUGCCGAGUUGAAGGAGAUGGAUCCAGUUGGCAAAGCCACGGAGAAAUGCAAAUUGUAAGUGUCUAUCGCACACUCCUCAAGUAACCCUUCAUUUCUUACAGAUUGGAAUCACAGGCCGAAAAAGACGCGCUGAAGAAGUUGGCAGCCGAAGAAUUGAAGACGUUCGAAGCGAGGCAUGAAGAAUACAAGAGAGUCCUGCAGGAAAACAUCAAAAUGAUAAAGGAAAUGAGAUGUGUCGCUCGGGGCCAGUUGCCAGUGCUCCCGCAACUUCCAUCGCUAUCUGCCGAGUUCACGAAAGCGUAUGAAAGGGCCAUGUUCGAAUCGUAUCUGGAGGAGUGCCCGGUCUGUUUGGAAAGGAUGGACCCGACCACGAUGAAACUGGUGAAGUGCACAACUUGCAGGAAAACUUUCCAAGAAGACGUAAGUGAGAAACUCAAUUAACAGUCAAUAUUGUACUGUUUUCAGUGUGUCGAAAAGUGGCAUCAAAGCAGAGGCGAGACCUGCCCCAACUGCCGUGGAUCCAUCUUGGAUUUCGUCGAGCUUCCACUGGCCAAAUAA